UUUUCACAACACCUGCACCUGAGUCCAACACGUUAAUGAAGCCUGGGUGCAAAUGCUUUUCUUUGAUUAUUUGACGUCAACAGGAUCCUACUGUACAUCAACAUAUUGAAUUUGACAGGCUUCAAAAAGCCAUCGGAGCAGUUUGUUGACAUCUCUGUCAUGGCUCUGAGCUUAAUUUGUCAAAGAUUGAUGUUGUUUUACAAAGGAAGCUGCCCACAUACAUCAACACAGCCCAUAGGAGGCAGCACGGGUGGCGGCGCUCUGUCAUUCACAGUUAUCACUGGAGUUUAUGGCUCACAGGUUUCCAGACAUGCUGCUGACUCCUUCCUACCCUUUGGGCCCUAAUGGACACUGAUGGAAAAUGACUCCGGUGUUCCAGCGAUCCAUCAGACACCUCCCGCCCCUUCCUCAUCCUGCUCUGCUGCCUCUGAGCGUCAUUAAUCAGGCCCUGCUUUCAAACUCAUCAUGAAGUUCUUCACAAGUCCAGAUGCGAGCCAGAUGAACAGGUGGCUGUAGUGGUCAUUCAUCACACCCGUAAGCAAUCGGCAAUGUGACACAAGCAUCACCGGCUCCGGCGUUUGGAGCCAACCGGCCAAACGGCAAAAGGACGGUGUGCGAGAAGAGGGUCAGUGUGAGGCUGAUGGGUGGAGAAGGUGGUGUAACUGUAACUGCUGGAGUCUAAUUCACAGAGCAACGUUUGGGUCAAAUCCAGGUCUGAGUCACAGGAGUAUAGUUUAAGUCUAGUUCAUGUGGUCUGAAAAACGAGUCGAACGUCGGUGAAGAACAUUUCAAAUGGAGUUUAUGUUGAGUCCUUAGGGUCUCGCGUUUGGACAUUGCCACUGUAGAUAAGAGCAUUGACUUGAAGAAUGUUUUAAUUUAUAGUUUAUCCGGUCGACUAUUUGUCUCUUAAGGCGUGGACACUACAGAGCCUUGGACGUCUCGACACAGUGGUUUUAGCAGAUUGUGUGUGAAAACUGAGGGACUGUGGACCGAACACUGACCACUGAUGAACACUAACUAAACACACCCACGUCUUUGGGCCAGAUUUGAUUGGUCAAACCUCGCGUUCUCUCGCCUCGAUAUUCUCACUUCCCCGGUCGCCUGACACUGUUUACUGAGUCCCUUACUCUGUUGGUUCACAAACCUUCAUGACCCAAGUCAAUAGACAUUAUUUUUAAAUCACAAAAUAAACGUGUACUUGACCGUUACUGAACAUUAAGGAGGAUAUGUUAUCGUCGACCGAGUGAUAUCUGAACAAUUAGUAUUACUCACGUUGUAAACCGAACCACAGGUGGAGCUUUUAAACUGGCAGCUAUUUUGAGGUUGGAUGCGAGACGACCCAAAAAUAAUCUCCUGCGACCCACCUGAGGGUUGCGAGCCAGUCUUUGGGAAACAAUGCUCUACUCAGUUCACACUGUCAGAUAAUGUCCAGAUAUUUAAACAUGUUUGAUGUUUGACUCUGUCCCCUCUCACACUGACACUGACUCCCCCGUCCUCCAAGACCGCCGCAGAAUCACUGGUCAAAUCUGACAGAACUUCCUCGUGGUGAGUCUGGAGUCUUCAGAAACCGUUUAUCUCGAUCCAUGUCAGAUCAGUCCAGAUUGACUUGUUGUUGAAGUUCUCAGUUUCCUGCCUCCCCCCUCAGAGGUGCAUCACCAGGGAGGCAGCAGUGAGUCAGUCCGCCUCGAGUCUCCAGAGGGAGUCCGGCUCAGCUCGGCUCCGCUCAGCAUGGUAUGGUAUGGUUGUCAGACCACAGACCCCGCCCGCACAGAAAGAAAGAGAGAGAGGGAGAUUCUGUGGGAGAGAGAGAGGCAGGAGGUGGAGAAGGAGAAGGAGAGGGGAGGCUACUUACUUCGACUCAGACCGAAUCAGGAGAACUGCCGGGGAGUCUGAGUGCUGCUGCUGCCCCGUCGCUGCAGUUUGGACAGUUACAGCGAGCAAACGUGUGAUGGACAGCUGAGACAUCUGUGCCUGUGCCUGGUCAGCGUGACGCACGGAGAAGCGGAGUCACGUUGGAUGAGGAGCCGGUGACAGCAGGAGCAGGAGGAGCAGCAGUUAGUGGAGAUGCUGCAGGAGCGCGUCGCUGCGUGAAGAGCAGGAGGAGGAGGAGGAGGAGGAGAAGGAGGAAGAGGAUGCCCCGGACUCUUAUCUGUUAAGUUUGGACUCACAUUUACGCAAAGGGAGUGUAACCCACUGCUCGGAUUGUUUUUUGGGGGAAGGUCAAGUGGAAGCCACUGCGUGCGCACCGCUCGUCUCCAGCCCGGUGUAAACAUACACGAGGAGCGGGUUCGAAUGCUGACGCGUGUGCGCGCUAGAGAGUGAGUGACGAGAUUUCUGAUAGAACCCCAAACCUAUUGUACACAUUUGGAAGGCUGUUCACCUAAAGGGGAGUCGGGAUUUGACCCCGGCAGCGCGUGCAUCCAUCGAUUUGCGCGUAAUGGGAGAAAAGUUUGGGACCUUGACUCUCAGCCUCCCGACGAAGAAGAGAAAGAACUAGUGAAAAGGCAUUAGCUUUCAUUUCUCCCGAGUCCGACCCAGGAUUGAAAGUGACUCUCAGCCCUGCAUUAUGACUUAAAGCACUCCGAAGAACCUGCUUCUAGUCCAAAGACGCAAAAAAACGGACAGUGAUCUCGAGCGGAUUUGUGCAGCGGGAGCAGCGGCGCAGUGAAAACCUGAUCCACCGGGAGGAGAAAGAGAACGGAGCGUACGCGCGCGCGCGCGUGUGUGUGUGAGAGAGAGGGAGAGAAGCGUUUCCCACUGGAUGUCUAUGAUGUGGUGGCAGCUCGGACGGAGGUGUGUGAUGGUGGAGGUGCUGCUGCUCACACUCCUGUCCUGGGUCUCGGUGUGGGCAGAGGAGAAGAUCAUAUUUGACAGACACGCAGUCUACUGGAACAGCUCCAAUCCCAAGUUCUGGCACGGCGAGUACAGGGUGGCGGUGAACAUCAAUGACUACCUGGAUAUCUACUGUCCCUACUACGAGGGUCCACCAUCCCACGGCCGCAUGGAGCGCUACAUCCUCUUCAUGGUCAACUACGAGGGCUACACAUCCUGCCAGCACAGAAUGCGUGGCUUUAAGCGCUGGGAAUGCAACCGUCCCACCGGUCCUGACGGACCCCUGCGCUUCUCUGAGAAGUUCCAGCUCUUUACCCCCUUCUCUCUGGGCUUCGAGUUCAGGCCUGGACACGAGUACUACUACAUCUCGUCUCCUCACCCAAACCACGUGGGACGGGCAUGUCUAAAGCUGAAGGUGUAUGUCAGACCUCCAGAUGGGUCAGGAUAUGAUUCUCCGGAGCCCUUUCUGACUGAUGGAGGUCCACCCAGGAGGCCGGGGACCGUGACCCUGUUAGCCGCAGCUCUGGCCUCACUGCUCCUGGGACUCCUCCCCUGGCUGUGACCCUCUUCUACCAUUCUUCUCAUAGCUCCAACCCUGGGUUGUUGAGCUGGGCUGGCUGUCCCUCUUAAUCCAUCACCCCUCAGGGAAGCCCUCUUAUUUUGCCUCCUCCCUUUUGUCCCACCUCCACCUCUAUACAACCACCAAACACCACCACUGCCAGCCCCUUCCGUGGUCCAGGCAUGGACAGCACUCUCCUGACUGAGAGGGUUUGAUUUUUUGAUUCGCCUGGGAUUCUGCUCUUCAUCUCUGAUCCCCAAAGUCCGGGUGGUGCAGCACCGCUUAGCUGAAACACACGGGGGAAUCGUCUCAGCACUCAUCUCAAGAGGAUCCGUUUGAUUUGACUAGUGAUUCUUUGCCGCUGACAGGAUAGAUAUAUUCCCCCAGCUAUGAUUAAACUUGUUGAGUGCAUUUCCAAUGCAUUAUCCAAUCACGGCAGAAUGCAUUAAGUGAUCAGCCUGGAUGCACAAAAAUUGGAUUUUGCACACAUUGCUGUCCCAUCAUCAAACCAACCAUUGGAAGAGGCCGAGCUCGCAUUGUAAUUGGAUUUCUAUACUUUCUGGAUGAAUUUCAGAGCCAGUGAAAAAGAAGAAGAGGAACAAAUGUAUAGAGACGGAGAGGAGGACAGUGGCCCAGCCUGUGCACACACACACACACACACCACACACACACACACAAAGUAAAAAAGUGGGGCGCAAUGUGGGCACAGAUUUAAAUAUCGGAAAUGUAAUAUUAUAUGUAUUGAUAUUUUCAGACUCAGUGUAUUUUCACAGCAAUGUGAUAUAAAACUCAUAGAGUUUUGUUUUUUUGUAUGAGAAGCUCAGAUAUCGUAUUAAAAUGACAUGUAUAACCAUAGUCUGUUUUUAGUAGGAGGGUUGGGUUUGUGUUUGUGGAUCAUCUCAGAGGGUUUGACGAAAUGUACAUUUUCAAAUGAGAUGUGUUUUGUCUUCGUGUUUCUAAACAAAGCAUUUAUCACAGCCUGUCCAGCGCAGGCUCUUCAGCACUCUCAGUCUAAUCUUGACCAGGUCGGGUGACCUCUGGAACCGUCUUUCUCUUGUUUGAAUGUACCACCGGUCGCCCACCUCUUCGUCUUUCUGUAUUCUUUUUGACUGUGGUCACUUCCAGUACCCUCUGGCAGACGAGAAGAAAAAAGGGGUUUCAUGUUUUACGUGGAUCAUAAAUGUUUGGGGAGGCGAUAGAAAAAUGAACGGACUACAGGUGAGGAAAGGAGGUGACACUGAAGAUGCAUGACCACUGUGAAAUCUUCAAAUCAAUCUUGUUUGUAAUGAUGAUAUAUAUUUUUUUCAUGGGGCAAAUUUAGAAACUCCCCGUCGUCACAUUUGCUCUUCCCUGAGACUUUUUUUCCAGACGUCAAAAGGAAAAUUCCACCUCCUCUACCCUCUUCUCAGAUGGGGUCUCCCAUCUGGCUUUUGGUCAGUGAUGGAUUAACUCGGGCCAAGAGAUAAAUGGACCCAGGAGGGUAAAACUGACUUGGAACUCAGCCCUGGGAGGCCCGGCCAGAUCACGAUGGACAGUAAUGCUGAAUGGAGCUGGUUCCGGGUGCGAGGGUCAAAGACUGUGGCAAAUGAGAUGAAGGUGUGUGUGGUAGCAUCACAAAAAACACAUGUGAGCACACACACACACACAAACGCAUACACACACAUACACACAUACACAUGUACAUGUACACGUUCCAUCAGGUUGUUGCUCUGUGUUGGUGUCUGACUAUGAAGGAGGAUUCACACGUACUAUAUGUGUUGAGGCAAUAACUAAACUUUGACUUAUUCCACAUGGAACUUUAAAGUUACAAAAUUACAUUUUGGGUUUGUUUCAUCACUUCCUUUGCACUCUGUCAUCCAAAAAUGUAAAAAAUACAUAUACAUCCGAAUAGAGACAAAGCAAAGUCCAUGACCAAAAGUAAUUACAAGGAGAAACCAGGAGGUAAAGGGUGAUGCACAGAAAGUCCAUCAAUGUGGAUUCAUGUUUUAUUUGAUGUGUUUAUUAUGACUUUUGCUGUGUAAAGUCAGUAAGUCAGGCCCAGUUAUUGUCUAACUUUUAUAAAUCUUCUUCAGGGUAGAAAAUAUGUUGUGGAUCUAUUAUAGAUUUUUUCCAUUGCAAUUCUAUCAAUUGCAUGUUUUUUUUACUGUCUGUUUUUUUUUUACUUACUUAGACUAGGUUACU